AUAUUUUAAAAUAAUUUUAAGAACAUUCAAAAAUUUAUUUGUACGAAAAGUAACUCCAAACUGACAACAACCUCGAGAAAAAACCAAAAAAAAAAGAUCGCUGCAGAAUUUCAAUAAAAAAAAAGAAGCAAAAUAAGAACUUUUCCGGUGUCGAGAGUUUAAAUAUAGCAAAUCAAGUCCCACAAACUCAAUCACUUCAAGAUGCUGGCAACGAAUGAGUUCAGCACGAAUGAUGUGCAAAAUCUGUGCCAGCGCUAUUUUGGGGAGAGUCAACAAACCAAUGGGCAUAAGAAAGAUCAAAACACAGAGGUACGUGUGCUCAGCUAUGACUUGAAGCCAACUUCAGAUGCACCGGCAGGUUUUCUUGGCGUCCAUCAAUUUCUCAAUGUCGAGUUCCUAACAGUAGACGAUGCCGGAUGUGAAAAAUUGCAGAAGGUAUGUUUCUUCAUGAAAUCAGCAGCACAGGACAAUGAAUCUCGACUGGAGUAUCUGGAGAAUUUCGGAGUUUUUAAGAAGGAAAUUCAUGUAUACCGUGAAGUAUUGCCUAGAUUAACGCCAAUAUUUGGUGCUGUAGCACCAAAAUCCUACUAUGCAAAUAAUAAUGUGUUGAUAUUCGAAGAUCUGUGUGGGCAGGGCUACAAAAUGGGAGCGGAGCGUAGUGGUUUAUUGGACCAUGAACACUUGAGUUGCGCACUUCGAUGUUUAGCGACAAUGCAUGCAGCUUCUAUAGUGCAUGAAGUGAAAAUGUCUGGCACAAAAUUGAAUGCAAUUUAUCCAAAUGCUGUGGUUGAAAAUUCCUAUCCAUUGCAUAUUGCAGAAAAUCAUGUGCGCUCACAGAAUUUCCAUCAGGCAAAUAAAGUUUUUAAAGAAAUUAUUAAAUUGCUACCAAAAUAUCAGAAACAGUUGGAUUUCAUUUUAGUAAAUUUUACUGAAAGAAUGGAGGUUAUAUUCACCUUAUCAAAGACGUCUGAAAAGUACCAGAAUGUAUUUUCACAUGGUGAUCUUUGGGCAAACAAUUGUAUGUUUAAGUAUGGCAAAUAUGGCAAUAUACCGAUAGAUUGUCGCUUUGUUGACUUUCAACUGGCACGUUAUGCACCGCCGUUAAUAGACGUCAUAACUUUGUUGACCAUACCGAGUAGUCGAGAUUUUCGUGAAAAAUACUUCACAGAACUUCUCAAUCAUUAUUAUCAUCUAAUGACUGAGUUUCUUCUGCGUGCCGGUUUGGAUAUUAAAGACUAUAUCCCGAGAUCAGAUUAUGAGAAACAAGUAGCAGAAUAUCGCAUAUACGGCUUGAUUGAAAGCUGCCUUUUCUCACAUCUAACAAUUUUACCACCGAAAUUGACACAGCACUUGACCGGAACAACAGACGGAUUCAGUGAUUUCUUUGAACGCAAACGCGUUGAGUUAUGCUUAGAGGCUUUUCGGACAGAUCAAAUAUAUCGUGAGCGUUUAACUGAUAUGCUCGAAGAUUUCGUCGAUAAUUUUGUUUUAAAAUCAAAUUAUAUAAAUUUAUAAAUAC